UGCAGCAAGUCGCUCUCGUGCACCUCUAGCUACUCCGUUCACAGAGGAAGGGAAGAAUAAAAUGGCCGAGGCUAGGAUCAGCGAAUGUCACCGAGCAGUGACUAAGUUUGUGGUAAAGGGUUUGCACCCGUUUGCCACAGUAGAUGCCUCUGCAGUUCGGUAGGUUAAGGGAGAUGAUAAAGACUCUCAACCCAAAAUACAAUGCCCCAAACAGAGACAGUUUAACAAAUCAUCUGAUUCCUGCUGUAUGGGUUUGAAAAGAGCAAUCUGAUCACAGACCUGAAACAUGUCACACAUGCAGCCAUCACAGCAGAUGCUUGGACUAGUUUCAGUCAAGACCACUACCUCACCGUAACAUUGCACUAUGUCAGGGAAGGUCAGAGUAUAUAAAAAGUCCUCAAAACCAAAGCAGUGUACAAAAGUCAAACAGGGACAGCUGUAGCUGAGGAGAUUGAGGGGAUCCUGGAGGAGUUUGGAGUGAAAGAGAAAGUGGUGGCAGCAACCGUGGAUAAUGCUGCACACUUAACCUUGGAGCUCAGAAGCUGCACAACUGCAAUACAGUUUCCAACUGGGCAGCAAGGAUUCGUUCUGUGAUCGUAUGGAUGAAGAGAUCUCACAUGGCUAAAGUAGUCCUGAAGGAAAAGCAACAUCUCCUCAACUGGCCAGAAUGGGCAAUGAGGACCUGAGCAAAGCAGAGGAGUUUGUGCUGCUGAUGAGGAUGCAUUACACAUCCACACUUGCUGUCUCCAGUGAAAAAAGUUCAACCUGUGGUCAGAAAUUGCAGAAACUGUGCAAACACAAUGCAGGAAGACGACUCUCCAUUAAUCAGGAGCAUCAAGGAGAACAUCUUUCCAAACGUUACCAGGAUGAUGAUAUCCAGGCAUUCCUGGAGGAAGCCACUGUGUUAGACCCCAGAUUUAAAUCUAAAAUGGACAGGGAUGACAUCUGGGUCAGGGUCAGAGCAUCAGCAGUGGCAGCAAACACAGACGCAGUUGAGAAGCUGUCAGAGCCAAGAGAGACACAGGGGAGAGGAUGGAGAAGAAGAAGAGGAGGACUACACGCCACCUGUAAAGCAGAAAAAGAGGACAGCCCCUCAAGAAAUCAUUGCCAGUGUUGUCAGCUCCAGCUGAGAAGUAUCUCUGGGUCUCAGCGUCCUCCACCCCUUCUGAAAGGGUGUUUUCCAAUGCUGGACACCCCUAAGUCCAGAAAGAUCUCGUAUCCUUCCUGAGAGGGCAAACAUGUUCAUUUUUCCACACAAAAAUUGUUGAUAGUUGUGGUCUUAUCUUUACAGAAGACAUCUUUGUAUUUUUUAUGUCAGGUGAAUUUUGUUUCAAGUUGAAUCCAAAUAAGCACUGUUAAUAUUCCAAAAGGCACAAGCUCUUCCUUGACUGUUUUCAGUCUGGGUUUUUAGUUUUUAUGGCACAAAAUGGCAGUUGGGCUUAAAAAGCCAAACAUUAAUUUUUUUUGUCUGGACCAAUUAAUGUGAAAGUUAACAAUUUCCUAAUCCUAAGGCACGCUUGAUAAUCAUAAAUAAUAAUAAAAGACACACACUAGUGUGCCAUGGCAUACGGGUGGGAAACACUGUCCUAGGCUAUGGGUCCCUGGACUUUACUUUGAGAAGUAGCUGACCAACUUUUAGGUUUGUUCUGAGGUUGUUACACAUAAUUUGUGUAUACUCUGUGCUGUGUCUUCUGAUCAGAAAUUAAAGCGAGUUAAUACAAACAAA